AUGGCCGUACCGGCUGCUUUGAUCCCGCCAACCCCUCUGGUCCAGCCGCCUUCGAUCUCUACUCCUUCAGCGACCACCUCCCCGCCGUCGACAACUUCACCCCCGUCUCCCUCAAUGGCCCCCUCCGGACAGAACCUGUUCCGCUCGGAGCUCCUCGGCACCAGUAGCCCCGGCAUCCUGACCCCGACCGGGGCUCUGCCCAGCAAGCCAGUAUACUUGACUCCGUCGCCUGUUGAGAACACCCCGCAGAACAACGAGUGUAAAAUGGUGGAGUUGCGGGGGGCGAAGGUGGCGUCUUUCACCGUGGACGGGUGCGAACUCAUCUGCCUGCCCCAGGCUUUCGAUCUGUUUCUGAAGCACCUGGUCGGAGGACUGCACACCGUGUACACCAAGCUGAAGAGACUGGAGAUCACGCCGGUGGUCUGCAAUGUGGAGCAGGUCCGCAUUCUGCGAGGGCUCGGAGCCAUCCAGCCAGGAGUCAACCGCUGCAAACUCAUUUCCAGAAAAGACUUCGAGACUCUGUACAACGACUGCACCAAUGCCAGCUCCAGACCAGGCAGACCUCCUAAGAGGAGCCAGAGUGUGACAUCGCCAGAGAACCCGCACAUCAUGCCACACUCUGUCCCCGGCCUCAUGUCCCCUGGAACAUUCCCAUCCUCAGGGCUGACGGCGGCGGCGGCGGCAGCUGCCAACGCGGCCAUCGCCGAGGCCAUGAAGGUGAAGAAGAUCAAGCUGGAGGUGAUGAGCGGCUACCGCAGCAACGCCAACCAGCAUGGGGCCGAUGGCGAUAACGGAGAUCUCAGCUCCGGCGUGGGUUUGGAACUGCCCUUCAUGAUGAUGCCCCACCCCCUGAUCCCUGUCAGCUUGCCCCCUGCUUCUGUUUCCAUGGCGAUGAGCCAGAUGAACCACCUCAGCACCAUCGCCAACAUGGCCGCCGCCGCACAGCAGCAGAGCCUGCCCUGCAGAAUGGUCACCUCAGUCAUCAAAGAGCGUGUCCCAGAUAGUCCCUCCCCCGCCCCUUCCUUAGAGGACGGAAGGAGGCCCGGCAGCCACCCAUCGUCCCACCGCAGCAGCAGUGUCUCCAGUUCGCCGGUCCGCACAGAGAGCUCCUCAGACAGGAUACCCAUACAUCAGAAUGGUUUGUCUAUGAACCAAAUGAACCAAGCUCUGCUGGGACUCUCCCCGAGCAUUCUGCCUGGGCCUAGAGAAGGAGACCUGGCCCACGACAUGAGCCACGAAGCAAAGAGGAUGCACGUCGACAAAGAUGACAAUCAUAUGUGCACCCCGACGGCGAGAGACAGCUACGAGAGGCUGUCACUGGCUGGACAAGGUCUACCACCUGGCUUCCCUUCGCCAUUCCUGUUCCCAGACGGCCUGUCAUCUAUUGAGAAUCUCCUCACUAACAUACAGGGCCUGCUGAAGGUGGCAAUUGACAACGCGCGGGCCCAGGAGAAGCAGGUGCAGCUGGAGAAGACGGAGCUGAAGAUGGAGCUGUUCAGGGAAAGAGAGCUCCGGGAGACCCUGGAGAAACAGCUCGCUAUCGAACAGAAGAACAGAGCAAUAAUCCAGAAGCGUUUGAAGAAGGAGAAGAAGGCUAAGAGGAAACUGCAGGAGGCUCUGGAGUAUGAGUCCAAGAGGAGGGAGCAGGCCGAACACUGCAUCAAACAGCCGUCACCCUCAGAGAGCCUGCGCUCAGUCAAUGACUCACUGAACCCAGAGAUGGAGAGUGACCGCAGCACUGGAAGAACAGAUGCUGAGAGGGCAAUACAAGGUACAUGA